CAACGCGCUCCGCUCGUUGUCCCUGAAUUGCCAGAUCCUCAUCCCGCGAUUUUCCCAAUUUUGCGCAUCGUGGCCAUCAUUGGUCGUCGAUACCCGACCUGGACCAUCCUCAGGCUUGCCAGAGUAUCCUCGCUCUCGACGAAGUGAGCCAGGACGCACAUCUGGGACGGCACGCUUGCCACUCGGUCUUACCUACCCCGGUCUCUUGGGCGGCUUCCAGCCACCCCGUCCUUCUUUCCCUUUGGUCGCGACACCCCAAGCGAGUAUCGCCCCAACGCCUUUUACUCCGGACAAUACCACUCGAGGUCGCAUCACGUCUCCCUCGGCCUUGCUCGCGAAUCACCCUCGUUAACUGCGUUUGCGACUUCGGACGUCCGCCGCCGUCACCAUGUCCACCUCGCGCAAGCGCCCUCGCGCCGAGGUCGAGGAGAACAAGGCAGAGUGCCCCUUUACCGUCACCUACGCCGAGCCCGACAGCAAGUCGCACAAAAAGUCAAAGAAGAGAAGGAAGCCGGACCAGGAAGAAGAGGAUGGGAAGAAGAGCUCUAAGCAACUCUCUCCCUUCUCGCCUUCCGGCGACUUCAACGGCAAGAGCGCCAAUGAUGUUUUGGACUUGGAAUACAACGUACAUCCGCAGAAGAAGUGGCUGGAGAUGACACGCUACAACAGUUUCGUCCUAAACGGAACUAAGUACUUCAGUGAGGGCUUUAUCUACGUCGCAAACGACCAGACCGUUCAACGACAGAAAGCUGCCGCGGAAGGCACCGCGGAUUCAAACGAGCCUGAGAAGGUACUGAAGCGAUCCAAGUCCGAUGACGACUGGGUAGCCCGCAUUCUGGAGAUCCGCGCUAGCGACGAGCAUCACGUCUAUGCGCGCAUCUAUUGGAUGUAUUGGCCCGAGGAGCUACCUGAAGGCACGAUGGAAGGAAAGAGAUACACUGGAGGUCGCCAGCCAUACCACGGCCACAACGAACUGAUCGCCUCCAAUCACAUGGACAUCAUCAACGUUGUUAGUGUGACAUUGCCUGCUAACGUCAAGCAAUGGAUCGAGGAGAACGAUGAAGAGAUCCAGGAGGCGCUCUACUGGCGCCAGGCCUAUGACUGCCGGACCCAUCAGCUCUCGUCAGUCGAACGCCUCUGCAGAUGCCGCCAGCCCGCCAACCCGGACAAAACCCUGAUCGGAUGCUCCAAUAAGGAAUGCGGGAGAUGGGUCCAUGAGCAUUGCCUUAGGGAAUCCGCCCUGAGGCGAGCUUACGAGCGGCUCGGCAAAGACAAGCCCCACUUCACCGCGAAGCCUCCGGUAGACGGAACGUCCUCGGCCGCAGAGAGUGAUAAUAUCAAGCAGGAAAGGAAGUUGGAUGACGGCGUAAACGGACCCCUCAGCCCCACCGAAAGCGGCACUGAUGUCAAGCAAACGAUCGACGCGAAACCCACCGAUGCGCACGAGGAAACAAACGGACAGUCCGCCGCAGAGGGCACUCCUGCUGUGCCUGACGAGCGUGUUUCGCAGCCACCGACGACCCCCGCCACACCAUCCGCCCUGGAAGUACCGGCAGCGUCUCGCAAAAUCAGAUCUAGCAAGAAGAAAGCUUCGGCAAACGAAGCGAAGCCGUGGGAAGGCCUGUUCGAGGCGAGAAUCUUGAUGGACAUGACCCCAGCCAAGGUUGAGAUAAAGGACCUCCGAGAGAACGUUACGGAAGGCGACAAAUUGUGGACAGAGCCGCUGCUUUGCGUCGUUUGCGAGGUGGAAAUCAGCUGAAUAAUGGGUACCUACACGGCUGUCAAACCACCAGACCCUCGACACCAGGGUUGGCACUGAGAGAAAGCUCGAUGGUGGGCUUCGCUUCUCGCUGUUUGUAUUCCAACAGGCAUUGCGUUCGACACGCCCCACGAGCAGUGGAUUGACGCGCUAUUGUUCUGAUUACGACGGUUUCCCAGUAUGAAGGAGUAGUUAUACUGAGUCUCAACAAAACGGUUUGGGAGGAAACGGGGAGAUCAACGGGCUCGUCGAGGUGAAGGGUUGAGAUGUUGAGAAAGACAGAGGCAGUCCUAAGAAGAAAGAUAUUGUCAGGAUCGGAGACUUUUUAUUUGGGUGUGGCUGGAGUGCAGUUCUUCCGCGAGGCGUUGGCGAAUAAGGUUCAUCUCGAAAUUGGAUGAGGUCGGCACAUGGAAUAGGUCUCGGUAGAUUCAGCGAGAUGAGGGAAGCCAACAAAAGGGGACGAACGAAAAGGGGAAUAUGGCUAGGAGAGCGGCCGUCUGGGGACCUAACUGAGUCUUACGAGCAGGACAGUUUCCUAAAGCUUAUACGGUUUGUGGUUGAAUGUUUCAUCUUUUGACAUAUCCUCUUUCACACAGCAUAAGCGAAUGCUGCGAUCUACUCAACCGCUAUC